AACAACUAACAACUGCUUCCCGCCAUAAUCAAUAAAAAUAAGAAAAAAGAAAAAAGAAAAAGAAAAAUGCAACCCUUGUGUGCUUCUUUCUCUCUUCCCACAUCUCCAACUCCUCUCCACAUCCAAAGAUCCAAACUUGUCAAGCUUGAAUCGAAGAAAACCUUCUCCAUUUCCCCUGAAUCACCAAACAAUCUUGCAACAUGGACCAAAAAACUCAAGCACUUGUUGGUAUCUAAGAGGCUUAAUGAAGCUAAGAACUUGUUUGUGGAAUUGAGGGCCAAUGGAGUUGAAUUUGGUUUCAUCACUCAGACUAUGUUGAUUGAUGCUUUCUUCAAAUCCGGCCGGGUUUCUGAUGCUCGUCAGGUAUUUGAAAAAAUGCCUGAGAGAAGUGUUGUGACUUGGACAUCGAUGGUUUCGGGGUUUGUUAGGAAUGGGCUUCCAAGUGUUGGAUUCUGUGUGUUUGUUGAAAUGCUUGAGUCAGGUGUUGUUCCUAAUGAUUUUGCGUUCAGUGCCGUGCUUCGUGCUUGUGCAGAGUUGGGGGUGUUGGAGCUCGGAGAGCAGGUGCAUUCGAUGGUUGUUCGGUUUGGAAUUGGCGGUGAUUGUUGUAGGAUUGCAAACUGUUUGAUCUAUGUGUAUUCGAGAUGUAGGUUGAUUGAUAAGGCACAACUGAUCUUUGAAAAGAUGGCGGAGAGGGAUUUAGUAACAUUCACAACUUUGAUUUCAGGAUUUUGUGUGAACAAUUUGUUUGAAUCAGCUGUCGGAGUAUUUGAUCAGAUGCUCCUGGAGGGACUAGAACCCAAUGAGCAUACGGUAUCAAGUGUUCUUACGGCCUGUGGGUCAAUGCUUGGGGAGCAAAUCCAUGGUUACAUGAUAAAGACCAUGACCGACCGAAGUGUUCACUCAGCUUGUUCUUUGAUUGAAUUCUACUCAAGAAAUGGUAGGAUUGGACAAGCGAAACUUGUGUUUGAGAAUUUGGAAGCCAGAAAUGUGGUCACUUGGAGUUCAAUGAUCUCAUGCUGCAUACGGCAUGAGCAAAUUGAGGAUGCUUUAUGGUUGUUUCAUGAUAUGAUUUGUACAGGGAUUGAACCUAAUGAAUACACUUUUGCAGCUGUGCUCGGAGCAUGUGGCAUGUCUUCCGAAUUCUUUUCUCUGGGACAGCAGCUACAUUGCCUUGCAAUUAAACUUAAUUUGGUGUCAGAUAAUCGUGUUCUCAAUGCGUUGCUUACCAUGUAUGGGAGAAGUGGAGGUGUUGAUUAUCUUGAAAAGGUGUUUGAGAGAAUAGAAAACCUUGAUGUUGUCGCUUGGUGUGCAGUGAUAUCCGGUUACUUCCAAAAUGGUUUUGAUGAGAAAUCGAUAGAACUUGUAUCCCAAAUGCACAAAGAAGGAUUUACACCAAAUGAAUAUGGAUUAUCAAGCACACUGAGUUCUUGUGCAAAUCUUGCCUCACUGGACCAAGGCAAGCAUUUCCAUUGCCUGGCAUUGAAGGUAGGCUGUGAUCUUGAUAUUUGUGUGGGAAAUGCAUUGAUUAACAUGUAUGCCAAGUGUGGAAGCAUUGAAGAUGCAAGGUUAAUAUUCGAUGCCAUGUCUGACCAUGAUCUCAUGUCAUGGAACUCACUGAUUCAUGCCUAUGCGCAUCACGGGAAUGGAAAUGAGGCUAUCAGUGUCUUCAACACGAUGAUGGAUGCUCGCAACAUCAUGCCUGACCAUUCAACAUUUGUGGGAAUUUUAGUUGCAUGUAGUCACGUGGGUUGUGUCGAUCAAGCAUUCAGAUACUUCGAUACAAUGCUUGAUCAGUACGGUAUCAUGCCAUCAGCUUCUCACUAUGCUUGUAUAGUUGACAUGAUGGGUAGAGCUGGAAGGCUAAUGGAGGCUCUUCACAUCAUUAACAAAAUGCCAUUUGAACCGGAUGUUCUGAUAUGGAAGACAAUGUUAGCAUCUUGUAAGUUACAUAAGAAUCUAGAACUCGGGAAACUAGCUGCAGAAAAGGUAAUCGAGUUAUCGCCAAAGGAUUCUGCUGGCUAUGUUCUUCUCUCUAACAUGCAUGCAAUGCAUGGAGAAUGGAAAGACGUCGAGAAUGUGAGGACCAUGAUGGAUGAACAGGGAAUUAAGAAAGGUGCUGGAUGUAGUUGGAUUCAGAUUAGCAGUGAAGUGCAUGUUUUUACUGCAAGUGAUUUUUCUCAUGAGAAAGCUGAUUCGGUUUAUUUUACGUUGAAUUUGCUUUAUAAGGAGAUGAAGGUGGAGAAUGGAGGUUCAGCCGAAAUGAUCUUCGUAUCAUAUGAUUUGUGAUAUUUAACUGACAAAAGUUCAUUCACUUGAAACUAGUGGUUUGGUAGAAGAGGAAUUGGGAAAGAUGAUUCUUUCAGCUGAGAUUGAAUGUCCUUAAAAGAUUAAUGUUUUAAAGAAAGAGAAAAAGGAAAUUUAAUACAAAGCAUAAAACGCAGGAACCUUGAUGUUCAGAUAUAAUUGCUUCAAAUACAUUGCAAGGAAUUCAAAGCCUGUCAAAUGUUGUUACAAUGUACAGCAUCACACUGCCCGACAGAGACCUUCAAACGAUAGCUAAGUACUUCAAAUGUAGGCUUUUUUUUUACUUAUACAACCCCUGUAUGAUUUGUAAUUGCUCAUACACAGAUGUAAAACUAUGAUUCUUAUAUAUAUAUAUAUAUAUAUAAGCGAUCCUCUAUGAUUGCUGCAUUCCUGCUCAUUGCAUUUUAUAUAAGCAUGUUUCUGUCGAUAAGCUCAUUUUAUUGAUAUCAAAAGGGAAACUGUACAUGAUACAAAAUUGAUAUACUUAGUAACCCAUAUGAGGUUGCUCAUAUGUUGAACUAUAAUGUAAUGAUAAUUGGGCAUGCAAUCUUUCUGAAUCUUGUUCUUCUCCGAAUUUAUAUCUGGAGUUCAAACUUCUGCUGAAACUCCUUCUCGGCUUUAGAUUACAUUA